GCUAGCAGCUAGCCAUCAGAGCGGUCAGUACUCCUAAACGUGAACAUGGCCGAAGGGAAACGAGCCAAGACCUAACAUGCAAUGCAACGGUGGCGCUGGCAAAGAAAGGCAAUCUGGAGAGGCAUUUUAAAACAGUACACGGGAGCUACGAGAGUGAUUUCCCGACAAAAACGUCUUUGUGCGCCGCAAAAGUGCGAGACUUGAAAGCGCAGCACGGCAGUCAGUGUUGACCAAACCGAAGACCCAGGGUGAUAUAAGGCCGAAACUAUUGCUUCAUAUCGCGUCAGUCACGAGCGAGACAAAACUGCCCUCUUCAAGCUGAUCUCCAUCACACCUGAUGGGGCGCCUGGUAUGAUGGGCCGCACCGGUGGGUUUACUGCACUGUGCAAAGAACGUGAAUCUUUCCCGGAUAUCCUGAAUUAUCAUUGUAUAAUUCACCAGCAAGCGUUGUGUGGAAAGAUUUUAAAUAUGAAAGAAGUGAUGGAUAUUGCGAUGAAGACUGUGUUUAGUUCGAGCCAGGAGUCUGCAGAGAAGGCUUUUCCGUGCUCACUUGGAGGAGAAUGAUGCUGAGCACACAGACCUGCUACUUCACACGGAUGUUAGGUGGUUAAGCAGAGGUACAUUUUUGGCCAGAUUUACGGAGCUGUUGCCUGAAAUCAAGGACUUCCUGAAGCUUUCAAAACAUGUGGAUCGCCAUAGAAAGCUACAGGACCACCAGUGGCUUUUAGAUUUAUCUUUCCUCACUGAUCUGACUGGUGAGCUCAAUGAAUCUAAUUUAGAGCUGCAGGGUAAAGAUGUUGUCAACAUGAUGAGUUCAGUGAACACGUUUAAAAGCAAGCUACAGCUGAUGUCCAGCAGGCUGCAGCGUGGUAACCUGCACAACUUCCCUCACAUGCAAGCAGAACUACAACGUCCAGGUAAAGGUGUGACACAGCUUGACAGUGCACGUUAUGAAGAGCAUGUUCAGAGCAUCUCCUCAGCGUUUCAGAGACGUUUUACUGACUUUGCAUCCAUCAAGCCUGUAGCCAGCUAUAUGUGUUAUCCAUUUGGUGCAAGUAUUGAUGUUGGUGACAUUGCCGCCAAAGUCAAAUCACUUUUUGACUUGGAAAGCUCCGCUCUUGAGGAUGAGAUUCUGACAUUGCAAAAUGACAUUGAGAUCAAAGCCAGAUCAACAUCCACUCAACCUGGAGAGCAUGUGGUGUUCUGGAAACUACUGGUGGAGGAGAAAUAUCCCAAUCUCAGAAGAUGUGCCUUGAACCUGACAGCUCUUUUUGGAUCAACUUAUUUGUGCGAGUCUGCUUUCUCGCACAUGAAAAUCAUCAAGUCCAAGCACAGAUCAGCAAUGACAGAUGACCACCUUGCAGCCUGCCUACGCCUUGCAACCAGCUCCUACACUCCUGACUAUGAGAAGCUGGCCUCCUCCUCCCAGUGCCAGGUCUCCCACUAAGCUUGAGUUCAUCAGACAUCGAUCUUCAGCGGCACUGGGACAGUUUGCAGUCGCCUGUGAAGCGAAUGGGAUGAGUCGGGCACCUUCAAGUCCGAGGCCAUGGUUCUCUGCCAGAAACCAGUGGAUUGCUCCAGGGGGACUUGUUGCCUCAGGUAAGGGAGUUUAAGUACCUCCGUAAA